CGUUGUAGUGCAACAUCCACAUCCACAUCAACGAUGCCUACUUCUUCAUUCAGAUCCUCGAGAAUCAAGAAUAAAAUCAAAAGAGAAGAAGUUGCAAAUAAAAUCAAAAAGGCAAAACGACAAGAUAAACUACAACGAAGGCUUGAACGAGCAAAAAUUGAGGCUAAUGAUCCUGCUGCGAAAAAAAAACGUCUAGCAGAAAAUGUACCACGAACAUUGGACAACAUGCGAGAAUUCGAUCCCUCAUUCUUGACUGCAGAUCCAUCCUCCUCGACGCAAACUUCCGCUUCGACUUCGACUCCCCAAAAUCCUGACGACAGCGGCGAAAACUCCUUCGACGAAACAGCCGCGGAUAUAUCGAACGACCCGUUUGCAUACUACUUUACAUCCGAAGACGAUCCUACGGUACCCCCCAAAGUUCUGAUAACUACAUCUCCAAAAGCGUCUAAAUCGACAUACGCGUUCUGCGAUGAACUCGUUGGAGUGUUUCCUGGUGCUGGGUUUAUACGGAGGAAGAAAGGUAAAGGGUUUGAGAUGGGGAGGAUUGCCGGAUGGGCUGCGGGGAGGGGAUAUAAACAUAUGUGUGUGGUGAAUGAGGAUAUGAAAAAGCCCAACGCUAUAACUCUGAUACAUCUCCCCAAUGGCCCCACUGCGUAUUUCAAGCUCACCUCUGUCGAAUUGACGAAUCAAAUUUACGGCCACGCACGGGCUACUCCCCAUAACCCAGAACUGGUUUUGAAUGGAUUUGUGACGCGAUUAGGCCAAACCGUGGGUCGUAUGUUCCAGACGAUGUUCCCUGCCCUACCGGAAUUUCAAGGGAGGCAAGUCGUCACUCUACAUAACCAACGGGACUUUUUGUUCUUCCGGAGACAUCGAUAUGCUUUCAGGUCUACGGAAAAAGUAGCUUUACAAGAAAUCGGUCCCCGAUUCACUUUGAAACUGCGCUCGGUUAGAAAAGGGAUUCCAGCGGUUCAAAACUUUGGUAAUGCACCUAAACCGUUGGAAUUUGAUUCGGGUGAAAAUGAUGGGGACCCAAAGGAAGAUGACGAUGAUACAUCUCCCCCAAAGGUUUUGCCGCCGAAACAGGAUGAAUAUUUGUGGAGCUGGAAGCCCGAAUUGGAGACUAGCAGGAAAACCUUCUUCCUAUGAAUAACAGGACGGAAAUGCUAUUAAUCGAUUAUAAAUAUCAAGUUAUUCCUGAAACGUAUCAUUUUCAUACUGUACAGCCGUCCUUCGAAAGUCUAUGUAGGACUGGUCCGAACAAUAACUUAUGUGUCUGCGCGUCGAGGCAGGAACAAACUUCCAAGUGGG